AUGGGCAUAUACAGCAAAGGGGUGGUGUGUACCCAUCAUGGCCAACCCCGACCGAGAGCGGCGGGGCUGAGGACGAGAAAGCCGUCAAGGGCGAUCAACUGUCCGGCACGGGUAAGCAACAUAAUGACUUUACUGCUGAGGAAGGACCACGCCACGGGGCAGUACUUCGUGUAUGUGACGUCCCACAUCGCGCAACACAACCACGAGCUCUCCGGCGGACUCUAUCGCAGACACCCGAUGAUUCGGAAGGUCGAUGACCCUGAUAUUCUUCGGACGGUGCGCGCUCUCAUGAAGGCCAACGUGCAGCCGAGGAAGAUCCUCGAGUACGUGCGUGAACACACAGACAAGGAGGUCGUGAUGCGGGACGUCCACAACUUGCUCGCAUCACUCCGAAAGAAACCUUCAGCUGCACCUGCGCCUCCAGCUCGGACGACCAGCACUUCAGUUGCUCCCACUCGACCGCAACAUCAAGCUCAACCGCAGCCUUCACCCCCAGCUAGGAGGGAGCAACCGUCGCAGUAUGGCAAGUUUCUGGCGGCCUUCAACGUCGGCAAGGACAUUGCAGAGCUCAUGGCCGAGAUGGACGACGAUCUGUUCGCUCACUGCUACGCCGAGCUCCGCAUGUUCCUGCGAAUUAUCGAGAGCGGAAGAAUCCCCGUUGUUACGACCCGAGAAGCCAUGGAACACGCGCAGACCAACUCAGCGAGUGUCCCCAGCAGACCAAUGCCCCAGCAGCAGGCGUUCCGAAUUGCUUUUGCUCCGCCUUCAGGUGGUCCAGCUACUGCUGGGAACGGGUCAACAACCAACAGUUCGGCUCCUGCUGCUCGACCGUUUUCCUCCGGCUAG